CUUUCGACGAUGUUGUUUUUCUCUCCCUCCUUUAGAGUUUUAUCCAGAUCGGCUUUGAGGAGAGCCCUCAGCAACUGCCCGCAGUGACCAUCAACCAGCUGACCUGCACAAACCGCUCGGACCGCAGCAUGACCUUCCGCUGCGACCUCUCCACCGACAGCGUCCAGUUCCCCGUCUCGGUCACUCAGCAGAGUCCGGCCGCUGUUUCCAUGGACACCUACCAGGUCAUUCUGGCCGUGUUUCGGGCCCAGCUGGAGAUCCGUUUGGAGGAAAUCCAGGACGAGGGGCUGCUGGUCUCCUGGGCCUUUCAGGACCGCCCGGAGUUGGACAUCUCGGUGACCCCGCGGAUCCAGUUGCACGAAGACGACGACAGGAGAGUGGACCAGUCCAUCAUAAGGGACCUGAUUGAGGACUCGGUCAUCAGCACCCAACCGGCCAUGAUGGUCAACCUGAAGGCCUGCAUCACGGGGGGCAACCUGCCGUCUUGCAGCAGGCUUUCGCCAGGGCCUCGCUCUGGUCCGGCGGCCAAACUGGUCUUGCAUCGCGUCCGAGGGCUGCGCUUGGGAUCCGAAGAUGCGCCAGGGAGCCGGGAUCUGUGCUGCGCGGUGGAGCUGGACAGCCCUCGGCAGCAGAAGCGGACCAAGGCGGUGCCGUCCAGCGGCUCAAGCCCUGCAGCCGAGGUGGAGUGGCCGGACAAGCUGGUUCUGGAUCUUGGCCCGCGGAGCAAAGAGGUGAAGCUCAGCAUCCUUUGCAGCAGCAGCAACAGCAACAGGAAUGGCCCCGGAGAAGAGGUGCUCCUGGGGUUUGCAGCCAUCCCGCUGAGCUGCCCCUCCAAAGACCCCCGCGAUCAUCAUCCUCAUCAUCCUCUGCCGCAGCAGCAGCAGCAGGUCUUCUCCCUCCGGCCCGGCCCUCACCAGAGGCUUCCUCCGGAUGCUGCUGUCGCCCUCGAGCUGCUGUACCAGGAGGUCCCGGAAGCGCAUCCGUCCUGCUUCCUGCGCACCAGCAUCACUCCCACCAAGAAGGUGGAGAUGGACCGCACCAUCAUGCCUGACGGGACCAUCGUCACCACCGUCACCACCAUCCAGUCCCGGCCCAAGGCGGACGGCAAGCUCGACUCGCCCUCCCGGUCGCCCUCCAAGGUAGAAGUGACAGAGAAGGUGACCACCAGGUUCCCCCAGGACGGCCGACAAGGUGGUACUUCCCCCACCAGCAGCAGCCGGAGCAGCCAUGCCUCUAAUGGCCUGGACCCUGUGGCUGAGACGGCCAUCCGGCAGCUGACCGACUUGACCAACAAGCCUGCCAAGAAGACCCCGACCAAGCGCAGCACCCUCAUCAUCUCAGGAGUUUCCAAGGUCCCGCUGGAGGAGGACGAGGCGGCGCUCUCGCUGGGCUAUGCGGCCUCGAUGGAGGGGGCUCUGCAGGAGGACUCCCUCCUGGCCGGCAUGUCCGAGUUCUCCCAGAGCCUGGCCGACACCCCGAUGGGGGGCUCCUACGCGGCGCAGGGGAACGGCCAGGACCUGGACGAGGCCACGCGCUCCGACAUUUCCGAACGGGCCUCCGGGGACGAGGCCGAGUCAGAGACCGGCUCCACGGGGGCCUUGGAGACACGCAGCCUCAAGGACCACAAAGUGGGCUUCCUCCGGAGCGGCACCAAGCUCAUCUUCCGGCGGAAACGCAAGCAGAAGGCGGCCGGCCUCAGCCAGUCCCACGACGACCUGCCCAACGCCGCCAAUGCCGCUGCCGCCAAUGCCGCUCCGCGCAAGACGUCCGGCAGCUUCUCCCGGCGGAUCAUCAAGCGCUUCUCCUUCAAGGCCAAGCCCAAGACCAAGGCCAACGGGAGCGCGACGGCUGCGGCGGCGGACAAGCACUGAGGGUCAGCGAGGGCUGGGCCGCCUCCCCCUGGAGCCCCCUCCCCACGUCUCGACGCUCCCCUUCCGCCGCCUCCCCGGUUCCUCUCCCCUUCCGGGCGAAGGAGGCCGUGCGUUGUUGAAGCCUGGUCGGGCAUCCCUUCGGCCCGUUUUGGAGCUGGCCUCCACUCUCCGUCUUUUUGGGGACGGCCCCUCUUGCGGACUUGAGGGCAGGAAGGAGCCGGUCUUGUGGUGCCCCCCAACCCAUCCCACUCCAACCCCACUCUGUUUUGGUGUGCAAUGUUUCUACAGACAUGGCAAACCAGUGGGACUCUUGAGCCAUGUCGGUGGGUCCCUUUCUUAUUGAGCCGGGUGACACGUCGCCGCCGGCGAAUUCCCCCCUUGAGGUGGCACAGAGUGUUGUUCCCGCUGCCUUUUUCCCGGUCCGAGAAGGGACUGUCGAAAGCCUUGGAUGCAACGGGAAACGGGGGGCCGCCCAUCCUCGGCGGGUACUGCUUUGAUGGGAGAGCCAUUGUGGGUGUGUAGGAAGAGGCGAGGAGACUCCGAAUGUGUCCAGAACGGAGGUGGACGGUGACCAUGCCCUGCAGAGAGAGAGAACCUGGCAAGGCUGGGCUGGUCCCUUCCGGCAGGUGAUUGCAAAGAGAUGGGAUGGGGGGUGGAUUUGGGGUGUCGAGGAGGCUCUUGCUAUAAGGAAACAGGUUUUUCAGGGGACCCCAGAAGUCAGUACUCAGGUUUCAAGGCUGGCAGGAGAGGCGAGGGUGUGCUGCUUCGCCAUCAGGGACAUCCGGCCCAAAGUUACAGGCGAGAGGAAGGAGGAGACGGAGGGAUACCCUUCGUAGUUGGAUCUAGAUGGCUUGGCUGCUCAUCUGGAUCCCCUCCCAGGGGAAAACGGGUGAGAGCAAAGGAGGAAGGGAGCCCUCUCCGUCGUGCACUUUUGGGGGUCACAAAAGAGGACCCACACAGGUGGAUCCAGAAGGCUUGGCUGCUCCUCUGGAUCCUCUAGAUGAGAGCAAAGAAGGAAGGAGCCCUCUCUGUCGUGCACGGGGUCACGAAAGGGGACCCACAAUGGUGAAGGAGGGCACUCGGCGUGCAGCAACCUUUGCGCAUGCGAUGGAAAAGCCGUGGAGCGGGUGCGACCCUUCGCAGGAAGAAGGGCGCCAUGCGGGUGGCGUGUUCCCGCUUCGCUUGGCCGUCUUCCCGGUGCCGCCCUUCCCUCCAACCUCGGAGAAGGCGAGCGUGCCUUUUCCUCUGUGUUCCUUGCCCCGAACGGAAGCCAUUUGUGCCGCGGGCGUUGCCAGGCAUGGACGGACCGAACCGCCAUCCUCUCUCUCUUUCCCUCCCGCGAGUCCUUGAUGCGAACCCGAAUAAUCUCCGCCGGUUUGUCCCUUAUUGCCGUGUUUCUUUGCAGAAUGUGGAUUCGCAACGGAAACGAUUUGAAUCAGGAAUGUGUUUUUGAUUUGGUUGUCACUGUACAUGCGUUUCUCUUUCACCCUUUUGGUUUUGCGUGAAUCGUUCGCCGUAGGGACGGGUCGUUGGUAAACAUUUUCCCCUUAGUAAGUUCUUGAGGGUUUUUUCGGGCUAUAUGGCCAUGUUCUAGAGGCAUUUUCUCCUGACGUUUCGCCUGCAUCUAUGGCAAGCAUCCUCAGAGGUUGUGAGGUCUGUUGGAACUAGGAAAAUGGGUUUAUAUCUCUGUGGAAUAAUGACCAGGGUGGGACAAAGGACUCUUGUCUGCUGGAGCUAGGUGUGAAUGUUUCAACUGACCACCUUGAUUAGCAUACAAUGGGCUG